AUGGCUAGCAAUGGUGCUCCCGCUCAGAAGUUCAAGGUCGCCGACAUCUCGUUGGCGGCCUUUGGCCGACGUGAGAUCGAACUCGCAGAGAUUGAAAUGCCGGGCCUCAUGGCCAUCCGAACAAAAUAUGCCGCAGAUCAGCCUCUGGCUGGUGCCAGAAUCGCAGGCUGUCUUCAUAUGACCAUUCAAACCGCCGUUCUCAUUGAAACCCUCAAAGCCUUAGGUGCUGAAGUCACCUGGUCAUCAUGCAAUAUCUUCUCAACACAAGACCAUGCCGCCGCAGCCAUCGCCGCUGGAGGCACACCUGUCUUUGCAUGGAAGGGCGAGACUGAAGAAGAGUACGAGUGGUGUCUGGAGCAACAACUGAAGGCCUUCCCGUCAGGAAAGUCACUCAACCUCAUCCUCGAUGAUGGUGGUGACUUGACCGCUCUCGUCCACAACAAAUACCCAGAGAUGCUCAAGGACUGCUACGGUGUGUCAGAAGAAACCACGACUGGAGUCCACCACCUUUACCGCAUGCUGAAGGGCAAAUCGCUCCUGAUCCCCGCCGUCAAUGUCAACGACAGCGUCACAAAAUCCAAGUUUGACAAUCUCUACGGCUGCAGAGAGUCCCUGGUUGAUGGGAUCAAGCGUGCCACAGAUGUCAUGAUUGCUGGAAAGAUUGCCGUUGUGGCAGGCUUUGGUGAUGUCGGCAAGGGAUGUGCCCAAGCACUUCACAGCAUGGGUGCUCGCGUCCUGGUCACUGAGGUCGACCCCAUCAACGCCCUGCAGGCUGCUGUCUCCGGCUACCAGGUCGUCACCAUGGAGGAUGCUGCUUCCCAAGGUCAGAUCUUCGUCACCACCACCGGCUGCCGCGACAUCAUUGUCGGCAAACACUUUGAGCAGAUGCGCAAUGACGCGAUUGUUUGCAACAUUGGCCACUUCGACAUUGAGAUUGAUGUCGCCUGGCUCAAGAAGAACGCCAAGAGCGUUCAGAACAUCAAGCCUCAGGUCGACCGGUACACAAUGCCCAGCGGUCGCAACAUCAUCCUCUUGGCUGAAGGCCGGCUGGUCAACCUCGGCUGUGCCACCGGCCACUCUUCCUUCGUCAUGUCCUGCUCCUUCUCAAACCAGGUGCUUGCACAGAUCAUGCUCUUCAAGGCCGAGGAUGAAGAAUUCGGGAAGAGAUAUAUCGAGUUCGGAAAGACCGGCAAGAAGGAUAUCGGUGUCUAUGUCCUGCCCAAGAUUUUGGAUGAACAGGUUGCCCUGCUGCACCUGGAUCAUGUCAACGCCAAGUUGACCAAGCUGACUCCUGUGCAGGCUGAGUAUCUCGGCUUGACAGUUGAGGGUCCUUUCAAGUCUGAUAUCUACCGCUACUAG